AUGAUCUCGCUGGUGAUCGCGCAUUAUUUUGGAUGUGACUCGGUACGACUCGGUAAAUGCGGUUUUUUCUACGUGCAACAUAUCAAGUUGACGUUGAGGAGUGGCAUCAGAGUUGAGAUCGAUGAACUGCGUUUAUCGAGCAGUUUCUUUAAUGCACAGUUCACUAAGCCGAUAAUGUUAACGAUUGGUGAUAUGCGAAUUGAAGGAGAGAAACGAUUGAAUUUGAGUGAGAAUUUAAUGGCACAGAAGCAGUCAUCUCAACAAAUGAAGAAUAAAAACGUCAAUAAUGCAACAGCAGGAAUUGAUGUGGAACGAUGGUUGCAUUGGUUACAGUAUGCGGGUGCAAUGAUUCGAACGGCACGAAUCGUUUUCAUUGACGCCGUGCCUCGAUGUCUGUUGCAUUCCACGUUUGAGACUGUUCAACUGGACGCGUUCCGGGAUCGUGAAGGAAUGCAAUUGGAGUUAAGCUGUCGUCUGGCACAAGCGAAGUUAUUCACUCGUGGACGUACCACACCGUUACUGGAGCUAUCGUUGACGAUAGCGUUUUGUGCCGACUUGACAAUUUCAAACAUCCGUUUGAGACGGAUCAGUGUCUCGAUUACGAAUCCAUUUCUGUCCCUAUCAGAUGGCUUGUUGGAAUAUUUGCACGAAAAUCCGAUCGUAUUGGGCAAAAAUGAUCCAUCCACAGUAGUGACUGAAGAGACGUCGGAUGAAGCAGAUGCGGAUGGCUCAGAAUCAGACGCUCAGUCGAGAUCGCGUUUGUUCCGAGCCAGUCUGCUAUCGAACAUAAAGUUGGACGUGAAUAAUCUGGUGUUCCGGUAUAUUGCCCAGAUGGACAGUGAAAUGAAUACGUUCGUGAUUUUGUUCAUUGCUUUCUGGGUUCAUUUUGACUUCUUGGUCUGA